GCACCAACAUCGAGCAUCUGUUCUACGCCCUAGAGCUCUGUGUGACCAGCGUUCUGGUCACCAACAUCUUCCAGUUCGGAUGGUGGAGGUGUAAGCAGCGCACUGGCGAGCUGACCCACUGGCAGAGGUGGGAUGCUGCUUACUACCUUGGCGCCGCCAUCCCCAUGAACUUGGGAAUGCCUCUAGCAGUUGUCCUCAUCUACAUCGGUGAAUGGGGCUAUCCGGGGUCCAAGAUGUGGCAUUCUAGCAGCUGGAUGCCCAACACAGUCCAUGGCAUCACGCUCUACGUCUUCAAGUGGAUUGGCGUGAUUUUCCUGACCAUCGGGGUCUUGAAGGCGACACAGCUUCACACCAAGAUCCGAAAGAAGCCCCUCCGCUGCAGCUCUGUAACCUGGGUUGAGAUGCAAGUUUAUGUGGCUCAGAAGAUGGUGAAGUCCAUUUCAGAUUCGGGGCCGGCCCUUGGCCAGCCAUUUGAAGUUCAGGGUAGCGGGUCGAUUCUGAAACGUUGGUUCUCAGCUUACUCUUAG